GCCUGAGAGCCCGGCUCUGUAGUAGAAAACAGCACCCGUACAGCGGAGAAACACCCAGCCCACCAGGACAGGCAGCCCCCUCACAGCCACCAUGGAGCUCCUGUCUUCCCUGAACCCCAGCAGCCUGCUCAGGUCCGUCUCAAACGUCAGCUCUGAGGUUGGCCGAAGGGUCUGGACCCCUGCACCCCCACCCCCGCGACCUUUUCGUGUCUGUGAUCACAAGCGGACCAUCAGGAAAGGGUUAACCGCAGCCACAUACCAGGAACUGCUGGAGAAGGCCCUGGAGACCCUCACGCUGCGCGGGGAGCCCACCCUGGUGCUGGAGGAGGACGGGACCACCGUGGAGAGUGAGGACUUCUUCCAGAUGCUGGAGGACGACACGUGCCUGAUGGUGCUGGAGCCCGGGCAGAGGUGGAGCCCUCUCAGGAGUGGGGUGCUGUCAUAUGGCCUAGGCCGGGAGAAGCCCAAGCACAGCAAGGACAUCGCCAGCAUCACAUUUGACGUGUACAAGCAAAACCCUCGAGACCUCUUCGGCAGCCUGAAUGUCAAAGCCACGUUCUACGGGCUCUACUCCAUGAGCUGUGACUUCCAGGGACUCGGCCCCAAGAAAGUCCUCAGGGAGCUGCUGCGCUGGCUGUCCACUCUGCUGCAGGGCAUGGGCAGCGUGCUGCUGGGCGUCUCCUCCACCCUGCGCCACGUGGUGGAGGGGGUGGAGCAGCUGCAGCGGCAGAACCAGAACCGGCUCUACCACCACUGAGAAGUGCCUCAGGCAUCAGCCCCGGGCGCACACCCGGGCACACUCUGGAAUGGGAGCAUGUCUGGGCCAGGGACCCUCGGACAUGGGAGACAAGGGGGUCAAGGCCCCCACGGACCUCGGACCCCAUAAGCAAGGGCUUCACCCUCAUCUUGCCCGGGUUGAAGAACGGAGUCCAGCUUCCCACUUACC